AUGUAAUAAACUUAUAAUCCAGAUGAAAGAAUUUAUGUUGAAUUAUUUUUGGCUGCAAGACAAUUACUUAAUCUUGAAUUCUUUUCAAAAAGUGAUCCAUAUUUAGAAAUCUAUUAUUCAUUAUCUGGACAAUAAGAAACAUUUCUUGGCAGAACAGAAACAGCUGAAUGUAAUUUAGAUCCUAAUUGGGAAAAGACUUUUAAUAUUGAAUAUAGUUAAGAUAUGAUUUAAAUGUUAAAAUUUUAAAUAUUUGAUUAAGACAGAAUGGGUAGAGAAUUUAUGGGAGAAGCAUAAACAACAAUAAAGGACAUUUUAUAAUAAAAAAAUUCAUUAAUAUCCCUCUAAAUUAAAAGAUUUGAUAAAGCAGCAGGAUUAUUAAUUUGUAAGGCUGUACUCUUUAAAGAAUCUAAUCAUUAUGUAUAAUGGUAAUUUAGUGGAAUUAAUCUAAAAAAUAUGGAUGGAAUAUUUGGUAAGUCAGAUCCAUUUUUAAAAUUUUAUUUAUUUUCUGAUGGAGUAUGGUGUUAAAUAUAUUAAACUGAAUAUAUUAAAGAUGAUCUUAAUCCUACAUGGAAAUAAUUUGAAAUUUCAUUAUAAAGAUUAUGUUUUAAUGAUGAAAAUAAAAAAUUUAAAGUUGAAUGUAUAGAUAGACAUGAGAAAGGCAAGAAUAAUUAGAUAUUAGGUUCAUUUGAAACAACUAUUGAUGAGAUUUUUAAUAAAAAUAUUGAUUCAUUUUAAUUAAUCUAACCAAAAGGAGGAUCUGCUGGAACUAUUAAAAUAUUAAAUAAAAAAAGAAUAUAUAGAGCUAAUUUUGAUGAUUACAUUAAAUAAGGAACUAAAUUUAAUAUAAUUAUUGGAAUUGAUUAUUCAUCACAUAAUGGUGUUCCUUCAUUUCCAGAUUCUUUGCAUACUUAUAUUGAAAAGAAUAAUAUUUAUUAAAAGGCAUUAAAUGAUAUUGCUAAAUCAUUAGAAAAUUAUGAUAUUAAGAAAUUGUUAGCUAUUUAUGGAAUUGGAGCUGAACCUCACUUUUCUAAUUAUAAUUGUAAUAGUUAUUAAACUCUUUUUCCUUUAACAGGAGAUUUCUAAAAUCCUUAAGUAAUUGGAUAUUAAGAGGCAGUCAAUACUUAUUAAAAAAGACUAAAAGAAAUUGUUUUUAAAGGAGACCUCUAACUUGAAGAUUUUAUUAAGUAUGUAUAAACUGUAUCUGAACAUAAUGCUGGGAAGUUAAUAUAUACAAUAGCUGUGAUUUUAGGAUAAGAAUAAAUUACAGAUUUAAAAGAAGUAUAAAAUCUAAUUUUAACUGGUAUAUUAUAUAUAUAUAUAAAAUAGGUUAAAAAUUACCAUAUUCUUUGAUAUAUGUUGGAGUUGGUAAUGAUGAUUUUAAAGAGAUUAAAUAAAUUAAUGAUCUUAUAAACCAACAAAAUCCACCAAUAAGAAAUAAUUUCAAUUUUUAUUAGUAUCAAUAAGAUAUUCCUUUGAGUUUACUUAAAAAACAUUUAUUAAAUGAUUUACCAAAACAAGUUGUUUCAUAUUAUUAAUGA